UCUAUCUUAAUUAAGACUGCAGUCGUUGCCGCUUGUCUCUUCUUCUUUCCUCCUCUACCAUCCUCUUUCUUUCUAUCCUCCCUCUCACACACACUUUUUUUUGUGUCGGAGCCACGGGCAAUCUAAUCCAUUUCCCUUCGUUAAGAAUUGAUUCGUGGGUGACACCGUCAAUCAAUUGCUGUCUGUCGUCGUCUUUUCUCGAUACACUCGUUUGUGUCCGGAUUUUGAUAACUUCACUCAAACUUCACAUACAAACAAUGAAGUCUUCCACAUUUCUAGCCGUGACAGGCUUGGCUGCCAUCGCCACUGCUACACCAGUUGCGCCACCCCAGCCUCAGAUUGAACGGAUUCAACUUCGCCAGGAAAAUGGCGUCAAUGCCACCAGUCCAUGUGCCCAAGCUUCUCAGGCCAUUUGGGCAGACGAGAAGAGGGCCAACACAAUGAUCCCCGCCAAGAUCGCGUACGAUUGUCUGAACUCCAUUCCACUCAACGUCACUUCCGCCAAAAGAUUGUUGGAUGCUUUGCCUGUAUACAUCCAAUGGCAAAGCACUUUGGUAGCACUGAAGAAUCCUCCCUCUGAGUACUCGGAGAAGGUUCAGCCUCCAAUUGACAUCCUCGGUGGACUUGACAAGAUCUCUUCUGACAUCGAUGCUGGAAAGUUCAAAAAUGAAUACCAAUUCGGUUGGGCCCUGUACACCCUGAUCCAGUCUGCUCACGACGGCCACUUCGGGUACAUUCCUGACUCCGUCGGUGGAGUCUUCUCUUUCGGUCGCACGGUACCUCUGGUGUCCGUAUCGGAAGAUGGUAAGAAGCUACCCUCCGUUUUCGCCUUCCAUGAUGUUCUCGGAAUGCAGUACAAGAACAUCUCAUACACUCCUUCCGCCAUCACGAAAAUCGACGGCCAGGAUGUUUCCGACUACCUCGAGGCGCUCAGUCAAUACGGCUCUCUCCAGGAUCGCGAUGCGUUGUACAACAACGUCUUUUACGAAUUGGCCCAGAUUAGCCUCGGAUCAUCUGGUAGUGGUACGGGAAUGUUCACCGGUGGUGGACGUGGCCGUUUCGUCUAUCCUGGGCCAACAACCACCCUCAAGUUUGAGAAUGGAUCCUCGUAUACCAUGCAGAACUUCGCCCGACCUCUCCUUUCUUUCCGCAACAUUACCAGUGGCGAAGAUGUCGCGAAGAGGUACUUCUACUUCGGCGCUUCGAGCGGUGAGGCUUCGACUCUAGGCGAAGCUCCGGAGCAGAACUUUGCAGAAGUUGCUGCCACUCCCCCUGGCUACCCAGAGCCAAUUCAGGCUGGCCCGGGAAAUCUGAUCAAUGGAUUCUUCAUCGAUGCCCCUGGAUAUGAAGAUGUUGCGGUCCUGCAGGUACCCAACUUCGUUGGUAGUGAAAGCGCCGAGAUUGGCUUCCAAAGGACUACGAAGGAGUUCUUGCCGAAGGCUCUUGCUGCAGGAAAGACUAAGUUGAUCAUUGAUCUUCAAGCAAACGGCGGAGGUACUAUUCUGCAGGGCUAUGAUCUUUUCCGUCAGCUUUUCCCAUCAAUUGAACCUGUCGGAGUUGAUCGUUUCCGCGCUACAGAGUCUCUGGACCUUAUUGGACAAAGCUACAGUAGCUGGGCCAGUAAAAUCCCCCGUGUCCCAACCACCAACGGCUCCGUCAAGCAGAUCCAGUCCUCUUAUUUCGAUUAUCACUCGGAUUUGACUGUUGAUGGUGAGAACUUCCAGUCGUGGGAUGAGAAAUUCGGACCUCAAGAGGUCAAUGGAGACGCAUACACUACCCCCUCUCGAUGGAAUGUCUCAGAUGUACAUAUUACCUGGAAUUCCGGCGGCAUCAACAUUACUGGAUAUGGCCCGCUUGCGAACGAAUCCUCUAAGCCUACACCUUUCGAGCCCGAAAACGUUGUCAUUCUCACAGACGGUUACUGCGCUUCUACAUGCACGAUUUUCAGCGAAUUUAUGACGAAGCAAGCAGGUGUGAAAACCAUUGCACUUGGAGGCCGCAGCAACAAGAAUCAAAUCCAAGCCAUUGGAGGUGUCAAGGGAACUAACAACUAUCAAUUCGCAUACAUCCAGAAUUUGGCCAAGACCGCUAUUUCACUUGGAUCUCCUGAAGAGAAAGCGGCACUAAAUAGCUCGGUUCUCCGUACGGAUUACUACAACGAGAUUGUCUUCAACCGCGUGGCCAGCCCUCCAGGUGUGAACGUACGCGAUGGACUCCAAUAUGAGGAUGAUUCCGGCGUUGCGCUUCAGUUCAUCUACGAAGAGGCUGACUGCCGACUUUACUACACACCUGAGAUGACGGUUGAUAUCACGGCUGUCUGGCGUGCAGCGGCGGAUGCACAGUGGGGAGAAGAGAACAACUGCGUGAGCAGCAACUAUGGCAAGCGAACCACUGGAGAGGCCACGAAGAAACUCCAGCAGCGUCGCGUGAAGGUCUCUUCGGCCGUCGCAAUGCAGAAGGUAAAGGCAUUCGAGGACACUUUCGGUUUGAGCACACAAUGCCACAUGAAGGGAGACGGCUUUAUGCAUCCUUGAAGGAUGAUAUGGCGUCAACACUUCGUCUUCGUUUAACCAAUGGAUUUGCUGGUGGAUCUGGCGAAAGGUACCGGUCUCGCU